AUGAAAAAAGACCUGGAACAUUUAGAAUCCUGGCUUAUAGCCAACAAACUUACUUUAAAUACAGUGAAAACUGAAUAUAUGGUUGUUGGUUCAAAACAAAGAAUAAAUUCACUUGUGGGUGAUCUGACACUUUCCCUUAAUGAUAUAUCUCUACGUAAAGUUAAGAGUACUAAGUGCUUAGGAGUGACAAUAGACGAAUUUCUCACAUGGGAUGAGCACAUAGAUAAUGUAAUUAAAAAAUUAGCGAUCGGCGUUAGUCUUCUACGUAGAAAUAGAAAAGUCUUGAAAAAGUGCGAUCUUAUGAAU